UUUGGGAACUUCAAUGAACAAAUUCUCUCAUCUAAAAACUUCAAUAACUUAUCUCUCUCAAUAACCUUCAACAGGAGGAAAACCAAAACAACAAAAAUCUGUUUCCUGCAUUCCAAUUUCAUAAAUUUCAUUUCAUCUCUGACAGAAGUCCUGUGGACUUAGGUAGAAUUUACUGAGUGUGCCAAAAUAGACAUUUAGUUGUUAUCUCUAGUAUUUAGUUCCCCCGUAGUUUAAUCGUGUUGUGUUAAUUCAAAAACACCAAAGUUGCAAUCUGAAAAUAGUUCAAGUUAAUGUUAAAUAGAAAUGUUGUUGUUUUCUGCGUGUAUCCUUUUACCGAUUCUUCAUUUAGGUAAUUCUCAGUCGCUUACGAGCGGAAUACAUCGCACUCAAGCUGCAACAGAACGAGUUAAUGACUUGUGGUGUUAUCAAUGUGAUACUAUGGACGAUGGAGAAGCCUGCUCUGAUUUACUCGCGAAGAACACAUCGACCUCGUUGAUUAAAAAAUGCAAAGCUGAUGAAUUUGUGUGUAUGGUUAAACGCUUUUCUUACACCACCAGCACAGAGAACAUGACAAGUAAUCCCAAGAUGUGGUCAUUGGAUCGACGUUGUUCGGUGAAUUGUGAAGCCGGCUGCAUAAUCAUUGGCGAACGAACGAAGUUGUAUGCCUGCACAUCGUGCUGUGAAAAGGCUCUUUGCAAUAUCGGACGUGGUAGUGGCUCAACAAUACUCGAUAUCUCCUUUACACACUAUUUAUUCCUCGGUCUCCUUUUGAGCGGAACAUAUCAACUGAAUUGAUGAGAGAUGCGUCUCUGGAAACUUCCUCCCAAAGUAAAAAGAAAAACAUUGCCAAAGUAGAAAGUUAUCUACAUAAACAAAACUUUUACUCAUUUUUUUCUUGUUUUCUAUUUAUUUCUAUUAUUAACUUGUAACAAUUUUUGAUGAAACAAUAAAUUAAUUUUAGUAAAAUGUGAAUAACUUAGUAAAGAAACGAACUCAAAACUUUUUGCAUUUUUGUU